AUCAAUUCAGUUAUUAAUAUAAGUCAAGAAAUAUAGUACGUUUAUAUUACGAUUUAAAAUGAAGAUAUUUGUUUUAUUUUAUUCCUUUGUGAUCGUUCAAGUAUCAGGAUCAUUUUACGAUGAGCUCCAGGGUGCCAUGCAUUCAGUUCAACAUGGAUUUGGAAAAUUGCUAAGUGAUGUUGUGAUUGAUGUCACAGAUACAGUACAUUGUACUAUUUCUGCAGUUGAACAUGUUUUAACCCUAAAUGGAUUAAUGAAAAAUAAAUCCUCCUAUGGUCAUAAGUGCAGGAAUGAACCACUUCUAUUAAUAGGUAGAUAUAGCGACGAUCCUUUAGAAAAUUUUCUCAAAAGUAGAGAUGCUAUCGAAGGCAAACGAUUCGGGCAUGAAAUACAUAAAUCGAUAUCUAAUGUUAACACAACGUUAACAAGGGCACUAGAUCAUCACAGUGGUCGACAGAAAAUUGAUUCAAUCUCAAAAGUUCUUAAGCACGAAACAGAACAAUUGACGAAAGUUAGUAAUAUGUUACGAAAUGAAUUGCACAGCAUAUCACGAAAUGUUAAUUCCGAAUUGGAAAAGUUUGGUCCUGAUAUAACACCAUCCGUUUGGACCGAAAUAGAAGAAGAAAGAAAUUUAGAAAAACAGAUAGAUAAUUCAAGACCGGCUAGGAUAGAUGCAGCAAAUUCUGAUCCUUCAAACCAACGUAACUCCUACACUGAUGCGAAACGUGAAUUUGAUCAUAUGAGAGAUGCUGUGGGACAGAGCAGUCCAUCCGAAGACUUACCAAAGACAUUUAGGGAUGUAGCGGAAAGAGAAAAGAAUAAAUUGAAUCAUAAUAGCGAUGACGGUCGUGAUUCAAAGUCAAUAUUCGACGUUGAUAAAAGUGCCUUGGAUAAAUUUUCGCCAUUCUAUGAUCCCGAAUCUAAAAAUCAAGAAGAGCAUCAGCGAAUUAUUGAAAAGGCACUUAGUGUUAUCCGAGACAGCCACCGUACUGACCGACUCAUGGAUCAACUGAACAAAUCAAAAUCCGGUUCUGAUGUUUUUGCUGCGGGUAAAGAUGUCUUUAACUUCUAAGAAGAGUAUUUUGGGACUAAUAAUAAAGCUAAUGAGCUAAUAAAUGAGACAUUAUUUCUAUAUAAUAACGUUUUUAUUAACAAUAUAAAUUGGGUACAUUACAAAUUGUCUACAAUGAACUACACUACCACUGGCAGUCCAACGUGCAUGGAUAAUAAUAUUCCUUGUUGCUUGUAAAAUAAAUGAUGUAUCACUUUACAUUUAAACAAUAACCAUUUUUUUAUAUAAUUAUUUAGUACUAUCUGUAGACAGAGAAGUUCAUUACAUAUCUAAUGGUAAUUCAAUUCCUACUAACAAGGUACAAAAGAUCUGUGAAUCACUAAAUCGGAUUCUCCGAAGCUUAACUCUACCGGUCUUGACAAAUAUAAUUAUUAAUUUACCAUUAGAGAUAAUGGACUAUGAAUGCGACUGCUAGGCAUAAAGGCAUUUAGAUAUCUAUUCCAUAUUCGAAAUUCAAUAUUAAAAUGAUCAAAUUAUGCAUUUAUCCUACAGUAU